CGGCCAGCUCCCUGAGUGGCCAGGGCGGCGAGGGAGCGGGGGGGGGGGGGGGGGGGGGGGGGGGGGGGGGGGGGGUGCAGGUGUAGCUGUGGGGAGCACCCUCCCCAGCGGCCAGGCCCCGUGGAGGGCUGCGGCCGCAGGGGGCCAGCCGGAGUUUGCAGAGAGAGCCCUGUCCCCUCCCGCUGCACACCCUCCCUUCCCACCCUGCCGAGGGCCGGGAACGUGCUGAGUCGGCACUUUGCGCUGUGUAAACCCCUGUUUACCGUGUCAAUUUCUGGGCGUGCACUUUCUCCCCGCGGAUCUAUAAUUUCUGAGAACAGAGGCUGAGAACCGACCUGGAAAUCAAUCAAAGCUCAAUAAAGGGAGAGAUAAAGCUGCCCCCACCCCCGGCACCUGGAGCUGUGAGCCAGGCGGGGGUGGGGGGAAUGGAGAGGGGCGCCGCAGCUCCCCCUGCCCUCCCUGCUGGGCUGCAGACCUGCUGCCUGCCGCCUCCUGGGUAGGAAGUACACUGGAGAGCCUCCCGGAACCGCCGCCAGCCUGGCUCUCCUCUCAAGGGGAGCCCGACUCUGCCCUGCUGCUCGAAUCGCCCCUUCCUGGGGGCUGGCCACGUGCAGUGCAGCCCUCCGGCCUUGCCUCCCGGCCUCUACCAAGGACCCCUUCCCUGGCUGUGCCAGCUGUGCCCAGGGCAGGUGGAUGAGGGCGUGGCCGGGCUCCCUCUGCUCGAGCAGCCAGGGGCCAUGCUGGCUGUCAACCCUCUUCCUGGCCUGACCUGGGGCUGACCUCAGGCCAGGUACUGGGCGGCCAUCCUGUGCGGAACAGGCUGGUCAUGGCCCCACAGGAGCUCUGGAGAACAGCCUGGGUCCCAAAGCAGGUGGAGGCUGGUCCUGCGGCCACAAGACCUGGCCCCCAAGGCCAGGCCUCCCUCCACUCUUCCCGGGAGGGCAGUGCUAGGGAAAGCAAACACAAGGGGGCCAGGGGCCCUGCCCGGUGUUCCUAGAAGAGGUUGGGGGGAGGAGGAGUGGCCAGACACCAGCUGACCCUGAGGUCCCAGAAGCCGAGGCUGGUCGGGGCCCCAGGGAGUCCUAAUGAGGACCCCACCCAGGUUGUUAGGAAAUGGGCAGGGGGAAGGAGGGGGGUGGUCAGCGUGCCGGGCCCAUCUCUCACUUAACUCCCACGUGGCCGUCUGCUGAGUGGGAGGUCCCCCACCGCUGCCUGAGGGGCUCCCGCCCAGCGGCCCGGAGCCAGCCAAACAUGAAGGAGGCUUUGGGGGGAAUGGAGCCCCCCGGCCUCUCCCCUGUGCCAUCUGCAUCUGGGGCAUUUGGGGCUGAUGCGGGGUGCCGGGCACGAGAGGGUUAAUGGAAUCCCGGCCAGUAGGGCUGGGCUGGGCUGGCCAGCAGCAGGGUGCUGGCUGCCCCAGCAGUGGGGAAAUCAGAGGGCAGGAGCAGCCGGCCCCAGCAGACGCACCCAGCUCACGGCCCGCCUGUGGUCUGUUCUGCACGCGGGAUGGUCCUGAUUAGAGGAGGCCCGGCCCUGGCCGUGCUGUUGCUCUCCUGGGCAGCGCUGGGCCCCUGUGGCCUGGGGGGAGCAGAGCCCGGGGCCCCGGGGGCCGCUGAGAGUCUGCCGUGCCCCGCCGUCUGCACCUGCGGUCACGACGAGUACGUGGAGGAGCUCAGCGUCUUCUGCAGCUCCCGGAACCUCACGCGGCUGCCCGACAGCAUCCCGGACGGCGCCAGGGCCCUGUGGCUGGACGGCAACAACCUGUCCUCCAUCCCCGCCGACGCCUUCUGGAACCUCUCCAGCCUGGCCUUCCUCAACCUGCAGGGCAGCGGGCUGGCCAGCCUGGAGCCACAGGCGCUGCACGGCCUGAGGCAGCUCCAGCACCUGCACCUGGAGCGGAACCAGCUCCGCGGCCUGGCGGCCCGCACCUUCCUGCACACGCCGGGCCUGGCCUCGCUCGGCCUCAGCAACAACCUGUUGGGCCGGGUGGACGAGGGCCUCUUCCAGGGCCUGGCCAGCCUCUGGGACCUCAACCUCGGCUGGAACAGCCUGGCCGUGCUCCCCGACGCCGCCUUCCAAGGCCUGGCCAACCUGCGCGAGCUGGUGCUGGCGGGCAACAAGCUGGCCUACCUGCAGCCCCCGCUCUUCUGCGGCCUGGCUGAGCUUCGGGAGCUGGACCUAAGCAGGAACGCCCUGCGCAGCGUCAAGGCCAACGUGUUCGUCAAGCUGCCCAAGCUGCAGAAACUCUACCUGGACCACAACCUCAUCGCCGCCGUGGCCCCCGGCGCCUUUCUGGGCAUGAAGGCGCUGCGCUGGCUGGAUCUGUCGCACAACCGUGUGGCCGGCCUCCUGGAGGACACCUUCCCCGGCCUGCUGGGCCUGCACGUCCUACGCCUCUCGCACAACGCCAUCGCCGGCCUGCGGCCGCGCACCUUCAAGGACCUGCACUUCCUGGAAGAGCUGCAGCUCGGCCACAACCGCAUCCGGCUGCUGCCCGAGAAGGCCUUCGAGGGCCUGGGCCAGCUGGAGGUGCUCACGCUCAACGACAACCAGAUCCGGGAGAUCGAGGCGGGCGCUUUCCUCGGCCUCCUCGGCGUGGCCGUCAUGAACCUGUCCGGGAACUGCCUGCGGACGCUGCCCGAGCAGGUGUUCCGCGGCCUGGGCCGGCUGCACAGCCUGCACCUGGAGCGCAGCUGCCUGGGCCGCAUCCGGCCGCACGCCUUCGCCGGCCUCUCGGGGCUGCGCCGCCUCUUCCUCAGGGACAGCGGCAUCGAGGCCGUGGAGGAGCAGGGCCUGGGGGGGCUGUCGGAGCUGCUGGAGCUGGACCUCACCGCCAACCGGCUCACGCACCUGCCCGGCCCGGUCUUCCAGGGCCUCGGCAAGCUGGAGUACCUGCUCCUCUCCGGCAACCGGCUGGCGGUGCUGGCGGCGGACACCCUGCGGCCCCUGCGGCGCGUCUUCUGGCUGGACGUGUCGCACAACCGCCUGGAGGCCCUGCCCGAGGCCGACCUGGCGCAGCUGGGGCAGCUGCGCUACCUGAGUCUCAGGAACAACUCCCUCCGGACCUUCACGCCGCAGGCCCCCGGCCUGGAGCGCCUGUGGCUCGAGGGCAACCCCUGGGACUGCAGCUGCCCCCUCCGGGCCCUGAGGGCGCUGGCCCUGCAGCAGCCCAGUGUCGUGCCGCGCUUCAUGCGGGCCGUGCCCGAGGGGGACGACGGCCAACCGCCCGUGUACGCCUACAACAACAUCACCUGCGCCAGCCCCCCGGGCGUCUCGGGCCUUGACCUGCGCGACGUUGCCGAGGCCCACUUCGCUCACUGCUGACCGAGGCCCGGCCUGGCCGGAUGCCACCCCGGGGCCCUGCUGGUGUGGGCACGGCCACCACAUGGGCCCCGGGCCCCCCGGUUCACUCAUUAAAAGCUAUCUGACACACACGUGUGACCACGGGAGUGCAGCUUUGGGGGGGAAGCUCGGGCCUGUGCCCCCACCCCACGCCC